CCAAUAAAAAUACGAAUUCCUUUACAAAAUGUAUAAUCUACUCGCGUAGGUGGUCAUAAAGAUAAGGGUGCAUUUUUGGUCAUAGAAACGAAGGUAAUGAUAAUGUUUCUUGAAAAGGCGAUUGAGGCCAAUUGGCUCAAAGUCUCUAUAAAAAUAAAGAAAAUAAAAAUAACGUUUCUUUUGAUUCAUCGCUGUCAUUUUUUUUUUUUGCUCGGUAUUUUGCUGUCAAGUUUUGAAUCGCGUUUAUAAUACUUGUUUACAUUUGACCGGUAUGUUGGUGAAUGGGAAAGAUCUGCACAUUGCUACAUUAUUUUCGUGAAAAACUAGUAGAAAUUAAACCUACGUUCGACAAUGCAGCGAUAUGAUGGGAAUUAUUAUCGCGAGCGAAAGCGGGAGCUAGAAGAAUUGGACCGAAUAUGCAAUGAGCAACUUGCUAAUGUUGAUCUUGCCUCAUCGAACAUUCCAUGGCCGGAUCUCUUAGUAGAAAAUCAUCCAGUAGAAGUUCCAGAACUGUUGGCAGAUUACACUUCUUUUGCAUUCUCUUCUAGUGGUGAAGGUGUAUACGACAGUUUCAUCGACUAUGUAGACGAGAAUGAAGUGGAAAAGGACGAUGAUUUAAGUUUUGUUCAUAAGCUUUCUUUAAAUGAUGCCCUCAGACAUCUAGCUAUUAUAAGUCGUCUGUCCCGUUUCACUAUUAGAGCUAUCCUUGCUAUAAUACGAAAACACUUUCAAGCUCCUGUUCCAAAAUCAUCACAAACAUUGAUGAAAACACCAAUUCAAGUUGGCAAGCAAAUUUUCCCAAUAAGCGGUGGGCAAAUGUGGUACCGCGGAAUACAAUCAGUGCUACAAAACUAUUUUGAGUAUAUUUGUCCAGAUGUAGAACAAAUCACAAUCGAUGUGUCCAUUGAUGGACUGCCACUAUUUAGGAAAAGUCGGAAAAAUUUAAUUCCGAUUCAAAUAAGAGUGGUAGAAUUGUCCAGCAUCCCGGUAUUUGUGGUCGGUGUUUUUGGUGGAUUGUCAAAGCCGGGUUGUUUGGAAGAAUUCCUGAAUCCAUUAGUGAAGGACAUUAACAACCUCAUAGACAAUGGAAUUAACAUUGGCGAUAAAAUGUUUCCAUUUUUCAUGAGGGUUUUUGUUGCUGAUGCACCAAUGCGAGCAUUUCUUAAAGCUACCAUUAAUUUUAAUGGUAAACAUGGAUGCUUGUAUUGCACAGCAGUCGGUAUAUCAGUACCUUCCAAAAGAGGUAAAGUUAUGACUUUUAAUACUGUCAAUGCCACGCCGCGUACUAACGAGAGUUUUAGAGGUAGGGAUUGUGUUGAACAUCACACAGGAACGUCACCUUUGGAAAAAAUUUAUCGUUUUAAUAUGGUCAAAGGCGUCCCUCCCAGUGACCGUCUUCAUUUAAUUGAUGAAGGUGUUAGUAAAAAAAUCGACGAGGGCAUAAUACAUAAUAAGUUUGGUGACAUUCAUUUUGUAGUUUGGACACCCCGACACAGGGAAGUCGUUUCUGCUUUUAUUAUGAAGACACGACUUCCUUCUGAAGUGCCCCGUAGAAUGCGGCACUUAAAAGAACUUGCUUUGUAGAAGGCCACAGAAUUUAGGAUUUUUCUACAUUAUAUAAGUAUUGUAGUGUUCAAAGAUUUUAUGCGAAGUGAGGCAUAUAAUCAUUAUCUUUUAUAUUUUUGUAGCAUAACUAUACUUAGUACUGUAGAAUACAAACAACUUUGGCCUGUGGCGAAAAGAAUGCUUGAAAAGUUUGUCAGACAGUUUAGUCACUUUUAUGGUGCAUCCAAUGUUACAAGCAACGUCCAUAACCUCCAACAUGUUGCCGAUGAUGUUGAGGAUUUAGGGCCGUUGGAUUAUUUUUCUGCAUAUGAUUUUGAGAACAAUAUGCGAUUUGUAAAACCAUGCGUCAAAUCGGGAACUAAAAUUGUGGAACAGGUGGCUUCUAGAUUAACAGAACAAAGUAUUGUUCAAAAAGCCAGUCAUCGUACGGAAACGAAUUAUCCACAUUUAAAGAAAAAAGGACGUUUACAAGUAAGAGCCGAUUAUCAAUUAGGACCCGAAUUCAAAGAUAGCUGGUUUCUUACACAAAACAAAAAAAUUGUAAGAUUUAUAAAAGCUACCAAAUCAACUACAAGCGAUGCAUUUAAUAUUUUAGGUGUAGAAGUUAGUUCUUGGGAGCAAUAUUUUGACAUUUCAUCAACAAAUGCGGGGGUAUUGGAUUUCGAUGUAUCAUCAAUCAAUUUAAAUAUCUUUAAAAUUCAUACAAAUGUUCAUACCACCCGUGUAGAGGUUUCUUCAAGUAAUAUUAAAUGUAAAUUAGUACCUAUUUUUCUUCCUAGUCGUCCUCUUUCCCAGCUUCCUGUUGAACGCUCCCCACAACCCGAUUCAAUGGUACUGUUCCCUCUCCUACACACUUACUAAUUAGUAAUGCAUUAGUUACCUAGAAGUAUUUAAUUUUAGGAGAACUUUAAAGCUAGAAGAGUAUUGUAGGUUACUAAGUACUUUUAUAAGUAAAUAUAAAAUGAAAAAUAUGGUUAUGAAAUUUGUUUGUGAUAAAAAAGUGUAUAAUAAAGAGACACUUACGUACUUCCAAAAUUUUGCUAGUUUAAUAUUGAAUCGAGAUUUUUUAAGGGACGCAUCCUCAGGACCAUCUUCUUAUUGGUUUAAAUACCUACGCCUUCAUGCCGGCAUCCUACGACUUUCCAGACAUUUUCAGUAUCACGCAGCCGGAUAAUCUGUCCUUGCUACGAUGGAACUGUACCACUGCGCAUUCCCAAUUUUCGAGCAUGGAGUGUGAAAGUGAAAGAUGAACCACUAGCUUAAUGAGUUGUACAACAAACUGUAGUUUCUGAUACUGGCGCUGGUACGCAAGACGUAAUGGCCGGGAUAUGUUAUGAGAAUACCUGACACAUUCCCCACUGUGCGCAGGAGAGCACAAUUAUUUCGAUGGCAAGAUAAGGUGUAGCAGAACCUGUUGGUGAUCAGAUCUUUUUUCAUGCCAAUCUCCUAGAAGCUAAAAAUAAUACUUUUGUUUAUUACAUUAAAGUAAUACAUGUUUUACAAAUUCAUAUUGUUUUAUUCAAAUUCAGACGUUCUUCGAACCUCAAUAAUUCACUAAUUCUUCACCGCACUGAUAACAUGAAAAUCUCAUACUAUUUUGUAGAACUAUUAAUCACUGCCUUUCUUUUAUGUUCGGCAUGAACUACACUUUUUCUUAUCCCUUUAAUAUUACAUGCACUUUUCCCAUUGUAAAGCUUAUCUUUCAAAUGUUUUUCAAAAGUUGCCUGGUCAAUAUUUCCACCAACAACCUUCAGUAUUUUUACAACGUUUGGAUAUUUUUUCAAACCCAACUUAGGUCUAUAUCCUUUUUUAACAGCCCCAGCCCAGCUACAACUCGCAAAAAAAGGUCUUGAAAACAUUUUUCCCAAAGCGUCAUGAAUUCGUUGCUUUUCUUUGGUAGCAGUAAUCUCGCCGGUAAUCCAACGUACCAUUGUUUGGAAGUUUUCCGAGAGAGAGAGAUUAUUUUCCAACGCAUCCAGCUCUUCCUUGCACACCAAUUCUGAUGCGAGGAAAACUGGUCGCUGCAUUGCUGGAGGCUGGUGUGCAAUGGAUGCAGUGACGACAGGCUGUUCCAGCUCUGUCCGGCACAUUUUCUUAAGUUGCAGUUUUACAUCUACUACUGCAGUGGUAAGUUUAUGCGUUUGACGAAGAUUCUGCUCGAUUCGCUGAUCACAUAUCCCGAUUGCAUCAAGAAUUGAUUGUGUUUCCAUGAUUUGAUAUCUAAAACAAAUGCAUUAAAAUUGCAAACAUAUGCGUUAUAUACAUUGAAGACAAUAAUUCUUUUUCGAUUUACUCACAGUUAGAUGCAAUAAUUUUGCAAAUACAAAUCCGCUAGCACUAGAUUCUGAGCCAGCAAAAAUAUACACCUCUCUUCUUUGAAUUUCAAUGUUGUCAUUUAUUGUCAAAUCAAUUUGACAUAUCGAUAUGAACAACUUUUGACAGCGCUGUCACGCGACCACAUUGUUUACACACCGGCAGAUGAGCAAACAGCAAGCAACACACUCUUAUGAUUAAUUUGUUUUUUCAGUGCGAGUCGAUUAAAACAAUGCUGCUAAUAGCUGAGGAGGUGUAUCACAACAACAAAAACAAAGCAUGAUAGAACAAUAAAAGGACUGCGGAUAGAAUUGUA